AAUUCCACGUUCUGUUUCGGGUAUAAAUUGUAAACUUCAUUUUAUAAACCAUCGACUUUCAGUUCUCGAUACCAUAAUCGGUUUCAGUAUCUCGUUUUUGUUCAUACCUACUCAAAAUCAUUUGGCUAAAUUUUUUUCCCAGAAGAUUUAAUGUAAAUUUAAUUGAAAGUUGAACUCAAUAAAACGACAUCACACCUGUGGAGAAGAUCGCGUCUUUUGAACCUACGAUUCAAGGAACAAACGUAUGAGGAUAUAAUAUCUCUGCCAAUAAGCCAAAUCAAAAAAAAAAAUAAUAAUAAGUUGCAUAAAUAUUAUAUUUUGUUUAAACAUUAUUAGAAACAUUUUAAUGAGUGACAACGAAAAAAAUGUGUCCACAGAGGACGACACUGAGGAAAGUUUUUCACGAUUACCUUUAAUUAAAACUCGCGUGCGUAGAAAUCUUAAGGAAUUGCGACACCCCCGCCAGAAAUUUUGUGCUCGUUGGGAAAAAGAUUUCCCCUGGCUCAAAGCAGAUAAGGUUGACGAAUCAGUUGGAAUAUGUACAGUGUGUGAUAAACGUCUUGUGUGCAAAAAAAGCCAUUUGGAACGUCAUCAGAAUUCAUACAAACAUAGAAGACUUCAGGGUUUUGAUUCGUUUGACAAUAGUGGUGAUCAAUCACAACCGAAUCCACCAGAAUUCAUGGAGUGUGGAAAGCGUGAGUUGGAGGAAGAGGAACAGGAAUUUGGCCAGGCUAUUGAAAUGGAUCCAGAAUAUAAUAUUGAUUUUGGACGCUCUUCGGAAAACCGACUGAAAAAGAAUUUGAUAAAAAGGCAAAACAACCGACAACUCCAAACAGCAGAAAAUCGUGAUUCACCUGGUCAGAGCCAAGCGAUUCGAAACUUCAAGUUAGAUCGCUUUAAACUGCUUAAACGAGUAGAUCGCGACCGAAAUGCCCUUAAUGAAUAUUACUUAGUACGUAAAAGGCAGAAUUUACCACCAAUUCAACAGACAAAGGAUACAUUCGAUUUAUUUUUUGAUAGUGUAUGUGCAACAGCAAAGGCUUUACCACCAAAAUUAGGUGCUGAGGUGAAAGGACGUAUUUCGCAAUUGAUAGCGGAAUUCGAAUUACGUGCUAUCUGUGAACGUGAGGCUCAAGAGUGCAGUACAACAACAGAUAAUAAUGCAAUGGUAGUUCCCGCAACUACUACUCAUCAUCAAGAAGUAACUGCAUCCGUAACACAGGAAUCAGCAGUCAUUGACCCAAAUACGGGUGUCCCCCAUAUUGUUUACACAUUUCAACCGAAAGCAAGCGAAUAAUAAAUAAUAUGAACCAAUGAUAUCGAGCAAUUUAUCUGGCCUGUACAUUUUAAAAAUGUAUGUAUUUAGAUUUUACAAAGGAAAUAGUUUUAAUAUAAAAUUAUUGAAUAGUUUUAAUUUGUCUUGUACUCUUUUAUUAUAAAAAAUUACUGAUCUACAAUAAAUUAUUGUAUUUAAAGA